CGACCUUGAUUGGCCCCCUUGUAGGUCAUAUUUAAGUGGAUCGCAAGAAAAGCGACAGUCGAAAAAAUACCGCCAUUGUCGAAAGUAGGACACAAUUUUCCGCAAAUUAUUUGGAUUAUCAAAGAAUAUGGGUGGCAAAUAUAAAAUUGUUAUGGUGCGCCACGGCGAAUCCGAGUGGAAUCAGAAAAAUCAAUUCUGCGGCUGGUACGACGCCAAUCUGAGUGACAAAGGCAAAGAGGAGGCUUUGGCUGCUGGCAAAGCAGUUAAGAAUGCCGGACUUGAAUUCGAUGUGGCGCACACAUCGGUGCUGACCCGUGCCCAGGUCACAUUGGCGAGCAUCCUGCAGGCCAGCGGCCACAAGGAGAUUCCCAUCCAGAAGACGUGGCGUCUCAAUGAACGUCACUAUGGCGGUUUGACGGGGCUGAAUAAGGCGGAGACCGCCGCCAAGUAUGGUGAAGCCCAGGUGCAGAUCUGGAGACGUAGCUUCGAUACACCACCGCCACCAAUGGAGCCGGGACAUCCGUACUAUGACAAUAUUGUGAAGGAUCCCCGCUAUGCUAAUGGACCCAAGCCGGAGGAGUUCCCUCAGUUCGAGUCACUGAAGCUGACCAUUGAGCGAACACUGCCGUAUUGGAACGAUGUCAUCAUUCCACAAAUGAAGGAGGGCAAACGGAUUCUGAUCGCUGCCCACGGCAACAGUCUGCGCGGCAUUGUCAAGCAUUUAGAUAAUCUCUCGGAGGAUGCCAUCAUGAAUCUGAACUUGCCAACUGGCAUUCCUUUUGUCUAUGAACUCGAUGAAAACUUCAAGCCAGUUGUCUCCAUGCAGUUCCUCGGCGACGAGGAGACCGUGAAGAAGGCCAUCGAAGCUGUCGCUGCCCAGGGCAAGGCCAAGUAAAUCCAUCUAAUCCCAAAGAAGAAUCUACCCAAAAUAGGCACAAUAUAGAAGCACAAUUGCUUGAGAUUGUUAUUAUAGUCGGCUAGAGGCUGCAUAUAUUUCCUCCUGUUUAAUGUUGUAAUUAUUGUUGCUUUAAUUGGUUCAACAAUCCCCCUCUCCCUACCGUUAAUAAAUAAUUUAUUAUAACAAAA